AUGUCGAAUGCUGAACUGUUGGAUUUUGAUGCUUCUCAAAAUGACUCUGCACACUUUUCAACUAAUAAUGGCGCUACAAAUGGAUCUGAGCAAACCCUUAAAGAAAUUCCGUUAUGUGUGGAGGGAAACGCACUGGAUGAUGUUAUGAAUCGCUUGAAUGCAUUGUCUAACGAAUUUGAAAAAUAUAAAUCCGAAACGACCAUAGUAUUGAACGAGCUUGUAGAUGGGUAUGAAAAGGCUAUUAGUAAAACACGGAGCACACGGAGCACACGAAGUACGGAGCAGUAGAGAAACGAAAAUCCUUUAUAAUAAAAUACACUGUUUACUAUUACAAUUUUUUGUUAUUAUUAAUAAAGAUUUUUCGCGAAUUUACACGUUGGGGAAGUAGGAAAAUGGGGCUUUUACUGAAAACAUGCAUAUGAUGCAAAACUGCCAAAAGCCAUUAAGCCAUAGUAUUUAAAUAGGAUUGUGAAACUCGUUAUCUUACAUCUAUCAAGCUUAUGUAGUUAUAUUAUAUUCCGAUUGCCAACGCAUAAAGAAACACUUACUGUAGAGAACAGCCGAUAUAUUUCGUUACCCCUGCCAAAAAAUAGCCAAGUACUCAUCUUUCAAUGUAGCGGAUCGACUGAACAUUAAAGCUUGUGAUGGAGAGAAGUGAAUUUUCGGUUUAUCCUUCGGCUCAGUGGCAGUGACAGUGUGCUGUACGGCCUACGUUUAAACCGUUAUACAGUACAUAAUUACUGCUUUGAAUUCACAUUCUUUCAAUCCGUUUUGAAUAUUCGGAAUCAUUCACAAUAUUAUACUGUAGACGAUCCGAAAACCUAUUCACCCCCCACCCCUUAACUAAACAUACAAUUCGGUGUAAGGUUUAAAAAUUGACGUGUAUUAUACUAUUAUUCUAUAUAUAAUUUAGGUAAACUCUAAAAGAAAAGCCGUACAGCUGCAUAUGACAUUCGGUUAAAAAAUUAGAACGCUGACUUUUUCGCGUUCUCUUUUUUUUGUCGUAAACAACUCCAUAUACGGAAGUUUGUUCCAUAUAUGGAGAAAGACGUGGAAACAGAUUUUUAAAAAAUGCUGAUUUUAAAAAAUGCUGCAUGAUUUUAAAAAAAUUACGAAAAUCUUUAUAGAGGUAUAAACUGUUCACAAUUUUAGCACUUUUUGAGUACUAUUUUGAGCACUUUUUAGCCCUUUUUGCCAGAACUUUGUUUGGAUUUUACCAGCGCAAUCUGGAAGGCCUAUUAAAUAAUAGCUCGAAUAAUAGUGCAUUUCGAUAUGCGUGCGUACUCGACCAAGUAUUUGGGAAUGUAUGCUUUUUACACGUACUCGACUUCAAAAGACAGCAAACGGCUGUAAGAUUUGUUAGCUUAAUUACUUGACCAAAAGUAAACGGCUGUACGCAUUAUUGUAACGCAUAUUGUGUGUACUCUAUCUAGUUUAGGCUAUAGCCAAAAUGUCCAUCACAUGUAUCUAAAGACUAAACUAUCAAACUUUAUAAUUCCAUCGGAAUCGAAAUACUGAUCUACAUGCGGCUGCCGGGCAGUAUUUUUAAAAUUAUACUACGUGCCCGGCAGUCAGGAAACACGUACAGUACAGCACACUGGGCCGAAGGAUAAACCGAAAAUUCACUUCUCUCCAUCACAAGCUUUAAUGUUCAGUCGAUCCCGGCUACAUUGAAAGAUGAGUACUUGGCUAUUUUUUGGCAGGGGUAACGAAAUAUAUCGGCUGUUCUCUACAGUAAGUGUUUCUUUAUGCGUUGGCCAACGGAAUAUCCGAAUAUAAUAUAACUACAUAAGCUUGAUAGAUGUAAGAUAACGAGUUUCACAAUCCUAUUUUAAAUACUAUGACUUUUGGCAGUUUUGCAUCAUAUGUGUUUUUCAGUAAAAGCCCCAUUUUCCUACUUCCCCAACGUGUAAUACGCGAAAAAACUUUGUUAAUAAUAACAAAAAUUUGUAAUAGUAAACAGUGUAUUUUAUUAUAAAGGAUUUUCGUUUUUCUACUGCUCCGUACUUCGUGUGCUCCGUGUUCCGUGUGCUCCGUGCUCCGUGUUUUACUAAUAGCCGUAUGAAAAUCGUAACAGCCAAGUGAGAGAUAAUCAACUUGCCCAAGAAAACGACUUAAAAAAAGCAAAUAUGGCACUUAAAUCUGACGUACAUAAACUUGAAUGUCUAUUGUCCGAAACCAGUUCUAAAUUAGUAGCUGCGGAAAGCGAAAAAGCUAGUCUCGUGACGGUUAUUCGGUUAAUGAAUGAGGAUUGUGCUAAUGCUGUUAAAGAUGUAGGGGACAACGUUCGCAGUCAAACGACUCAACCAAGAAAUCCAUGGUGUACGGUUCAUACAAGAAGCGAGAAUCAAAAAGGUAACGAGGUUACAAGACUGCACAACCAGUUCUCGUCUUUAGAGGACGAGGCAAAUGAACUAAACAAUAACAGUGACUUUGAUGCUUCCGUAAUUAAUAUUGAUUCUGAUAUACAACAACCAACACCUAGUCAAAAUAUGUCUGAGAGUACAAGUAAAUUUACAGAGCCCAAGGAUGACAGAACGCAAGGUACAAGUGGUAACAGUGAUCGAGUACCAAAGAAAGGUAUUGCACUUAUUGGGGAUUCAAUAAUCAAAAAUGUUAGUCCGGUAAAACUCUCGAAAAUGAAAGUUUAUAAAUUCACAUAUCCAGGUAAAACAACUAUAGAAAUAACUAAUGAGCUUGCCAAAAUUAAUAUUAAACCGGACCCGUCUCAUGUUGUUAUUCACGCAGGGACAAAUGAUGUCCCUGUUGAAUCUAUAGACGAAUGUGUUGGUAACAUGGAAAAACUUAUUACAACAGCUAAACAGAAAUUCCCUAAUUCUAAAAUUAGAAUUUCUGGACUUACAUUGAGACAGGAUAGUGAUUUAAUAUCAAAAAUAGAAGAAAUUAAUGAGAAAGUUCAGA